AUGGAAGUGGACGGGACCAAACCGGGGCUACUCGACAUGCCCAACGAGAUCCUCAUCCAGAUUGGAACUCUGCUGGUCCGCCCUGGAGACAUCGCAGCUCUCGUGAGGGCCUGUCGACGCCUCAGCAACCUGUUCGGCGACUACUUGUACCGGGAUAACGAAAAGAAUGGCAAAGGCUCUUGCCUGAUGUGGGCUGCCAACCUGGACAAGAUUGAGACUUUCAAAAGAGCCAUCAGAGCCGGCAUCCGUCUCCAAGACCACAACUAUCUCGUCUUUGUCGUCUCGUGCAGUGGAAGCAGCCGGGUGGCCGAGGUGGUGCUGGCGUCUCCUGGCGCCGAUCCAAUGGCUGAAGACACCGACGGAUGGACGCCCAUGACUCUUGCGGCCAGCUACGGGCACCCGCACAUUGUCCAGCAGUUGGUGGAACGCGGUGCCAAUAUCUCGUCGCUCACCAGAGGCGGCUGGUCACCGGUGAACCUGGCCUGUUGCCACGGGAGAUUUGGUGUUGCGAAGCUCCUGUUGGACGGCUACGGGGCUUCGAUGGAGUGCGAAAACGAGACUGGCUGGUCGGCACUGCGAUCUGCCGCUGCCUAUGGUCACACAGAGAUACUCAACUACCUCCUUGGGAGGGGAGCCAAUAUCAAAGUCAGGAAUAACGUCGGCUGGACCUGUCUGCACUCGGCGGCUGAUGAGGGACACACGAGCGCAGUUCGAGCUCUCCUCGACCAUGGGGCGAACCCGGAAGACACUGCUAACCAGGGGUGGACUGCCCUGACUCUUGCUGCCGACAAGGGCCAUCACGAUACGGUCGGGCUCCUUCUUGAAAGGGGGGUUGACGUUGAGCAGUCGUGCACCAAUCAGUGGACUGCUCUUUGCAUGGCUGCCGACCAUGGCGAUGUCUUCAUAAUCAAGCUAUUGCUUGACUAUGGGGCAAACGUUGCGGUGAGAGCAGCGGGUGGACUGUUUCCACUCUCUCUGGCUGCGACAAAUGGCCAUUAUCCUGCUGCCAACAUCUUGAUUCGCUACGGGGCUGAUAUCCAUAUGACCACCAACGCAGGCUGGACUCCUCUCAUGAUGGCCUCGGACAAUGGGCAUGCCGAAAUUGCAAAGCUCUUAAUCGACCAGGGCGCCAAUCUAGAGGCCAAGAGCGAAACCGGAUGGACAGCUCUUGUCUGUGCCGCCGACGGCCGUCACUUAUACGCCUGCAAGGUUCUCUUGGGCCACGGCGCCAAUGUCAUGGCUACGACUCUUGCCGGAUGGACCCCGAGCAUCAGAGCCGCUCAUUCUGGCGGACUUCGGCUUCUGAAUCUUUUUAUGCGGGUUCCCGGGCUUGACAUGGAUCAUCUCGACAACUGUGGCCGCUCGGCAUUCUUCCACGCCGCUAUGCGAGGGCAUGUCGGCAUUGUGAAGAAGCUUCUCCCCCUGACGCAGACAGCCAACCAGAGAGAUCGUUUUGGGACAACUCCAAUCUUUGCCGCUGCAAGAAACGGCCACCGCCGCGUAGUAGAGCUUUUAAUCCAAGCAGGAUUAGCAGACUUUGAAGAGAGAGAUUUCCUAGGCGCCACGCUCCUUGCCUCGGCCCAGAGAUCGAAGAAGAAGCAGUUUGUCAAGUUCCUCAAGCGAUAUACGCAGCAAGCGGGAAUUCCAAUCUGGCUGGACGAUCCAGCGGGCCAGCGUACGCGAUACAAGUAUGACUAUUCGGCAUGUCAGUGUGGCAUCUGCGGCCGAUCCAGCGUGCAUGAGGAGCAGGCGUAUGUCUGCGAUACGUGCGCUGGCGGGCUCAUUAUCUGCGCGGAAUGCAUCGGCUUGGGCCAGAUGUGCGAGGAUAGCACCCAUGUGUGGAGAGCGCACAAGUGUUGUUGGAACCAGCACUUUGGAACGGCGCCCGAGUAUCGUCCUGCAAAUACGAAUAUGGAUGCAGAUGCAGAUGCAGAUGCUGAUGCUGAUGAGGCCGUUGGAGUUGAUGACAGUGAUGGUUUCGGUGCUAAUGGCAAUGGUGAAGCCAUUGAUGCUGCCGGUGGCGAGCAUGAAAUUGGGGAUUUUGAUAUCAGUGAGGAUAUCGAUGAUGCUGAUGAUGUCGAUGGGAAUGACGUUGGGGGAAAUCAAAUGGUCACCAAUGUUGGUAAUGUCUGA